AUGUCUACCUCCAGACUCAUUCCCAAGUGGAAUGACUUUAUAAACCUCGUGAAUGAAGCCAUUCAAAAAAGCAAGAAACACCCAGCGCGAUCAAAGAGAGACACAACUGUGCUGAGUGACCGCUCCCAGGUCCUGUUCAGAGACUCUCGCCAUCCUCAGGCAAUGCCGCUCAUAUGCCAUUACUUCAUUGAAGCCCACUUCUUUGCCUCCCUCUCCUGGAUAAUGUCCUUCACAAAAGAAACACUGGCUGUAGUAUGGAUGAAGAGCAAGACUGACGACAUGGUUGAAAAGAGAACAUUCCCAAUGAUGGAGAGGCUGCCACCCGUCCAGUCAAUAGUCCACACAGGUUCCUUUCAUCUCAUCGUGACCUACUCUGGUGACAUGAUUCUGAGGCUCUUUGGGGACCAUUUUAGGGCAUUUAAGUCCCUGUGUGCCGUGCCCUGCCGCUUUGAUAUCACCUGUCUCUGCUUUGAUCCAGAAUCAAAGAUGCUUCUGUCUGGCAUCGUUGGGGGAGUGGUCACCUGGGCCAUUGAACCAAAUGGCAGGAGCCUCGAAAUGAUCCAGAUGUUUCCUGUGCCUGGUGAUGAGCUGGUCCAGAAUAUCGUUCUGAACGGCCCCAAUGGCUGCCUCAUUGCCCUCUGUGAGACGAUGCUGAGAGUGCUUGAUCGCCAGGACUACGGUCAACUGGGAGAGGUGCAGAGGUUCACGACCACCAACAGUGGCUCCCCCAUCACCUGCUGUUUCACUAGUCUUGACAUGAACCUUAUCUAUGCUGGGAACAAGGCUGGGGAAAUCCACGUGUGGAACCUGGGUAAAAGCUUGCCCCUCCACAGCUUCAGAGCCCAUUCCUCAGUAGUGGUCUGUAUACACAACCGGGUAGAAGCCCACACCCUACUGACAGCUGGCAAGGAAGGUGUCAUCAAGGAGUGGAAUCUUACUUCAGGGAACCUGCUCCGGCGACUUGAACUCGGCGAGACGCUCUACUGCCUUGAGUUUAUUGACAGCACGACUUUCUUUUGUCAGACGACUCAUCAUUUUACCUUGCGCCGUCUACCCUGCUUCUACAGCCUCUUCAACAUCUGUGGCUCGACUCCCCAGCAGUUGCGUCGCGUCCACUGUAAGGACAACUGCUUCCGGAUCCUGUGCACGACGGAAGAUGGCCUGUUGCGCUUUGUGUCUCCUGUAACGGGGGAACUUUUGGUUAUCACCUGGCCUUUCUCCAUCCUCGACCAGGCUGUGGAUUGGGCCUAUGAUCCAGGUAGAGAGGAGCUCAUGGUGGCAACAGGUACCACAGAGGUGCUAGUGUUUGAUACAACCCGCAGCCCUUGCCCAGUCAAGUAUCUCCUGUGCACCUCACCGGAUGUUCAGGACUUUGUCCAGUGCCUGGCUUAUGGGAAUUUCCACCUGGGGCGGGGGAUGGAAGGACUGAUAUUCUCUGGGCAUCAGAGCGGCACGAUAAGAGUGCUUUCGCAGCACAGCUGUGCCAGAAUCGAGAGAGUCAUGCACUUUGGGGCCGUCCUGGCCCUGUCAACGCUCUAUGGCGGGAUUUUGAGUAGCAGGGAAAACUCUCUGCUGUGUUCCUAUGGGGUAGAUGAUUACAUACAGCUGUCAGAAGCUGUGCUGGUUGGGACCAGAUUGCAACUGCGGAUCCUGGCUAGCAUUCUCAGCAGCUGUCACCUAAAGCACCUGGUCCUCUUACCAAAGGCUGUGGGUGCCAUUACAGACACCAACUGCCUACGGCUCUGGAAGUUCCAUGAUCUUAUGUCCUUUGAGUCAAAGCAAGGUACCCGAUUCAUAGAGACAUUGCCUCUGCACCAGUGCGCUGUUACCUCCUUUGACGUCUGCUUGCCCUUGAGUCUUUUUGCCACAGGUGGUUCUGAUGGCUCUGUCCGCAUCUGGGACUUCCAUGGUAGACUUCUAGCCAUGCUGGACUCAUCGCUGCACUUUGGCCCACUUUGCUUUGCAAAUGACAGGGCUGACCUGCUUGUGACUUUCAACCAGAGUAUUUAUCUGGUAUCCUGCUUAGAAUUGCUCCCCACAUCCACGCUCUCUCGUCUUGUCCUUCUGAGCAUAACAGAUGACUUGGUAGAACCUCCAAAGCCUUUCGCGCCAAGCUUCUUCCUCUCCUUUGAGACCAUAUUUGUGCCCAAGUAUAGCUACCAAGACCAACGGAAACAAGCCCUCGAAGGCCUGGUGAGCCUUGUCAAUAAGCGAGCCAUCGCCUUUGACCAAAAUGUACCGCAUGUCAUAGAAGAAGAUGAUGAUGGGAGCACUGUGUUAAUGAGUACUCCCCGGCAUGAUUCUCUGGAGGGAAUCACCUUGGCUGAGAAGAGCAAGAAACCCCAAACUCAUUACGUGUCCCCUCCCCACUUAUACAUGACUGCUUGGGAUGGACUCAACCCCUACAAGAUCCUACAGUGCUACUUCGGUCAGGGGAAGAAAUGGCUCCUCGCUCCCGACUGCUACAUCCCCAACUCAGUGGUGCGUGCCCGUCUUUGGCCAGAAGGCAGUCCCAUAUUCCUACAGUGCAGCCUGCACUCACCCCAACGGGAUCUGGACUGGGAAAAGUAUCAACCGUUCUUCUUCUGGCAGAGCAGGAUAAGAGCUAUGAGUGACCCAGGGCAUGUUCCAGAGAAAGAAGAUGAUACUUUCAUAGAAAACAGAUUAACUAAGGGAGUCACGUACAGCGUCCUUACAGAUGCAGCAAACCGCAGCUGGCUGGGAAAAAAGAUGAGUGAACUAGCCAUCAGUAGCCUGAUCGAAGCAAUCCUCAACAUCAUGAUCCAUGCCAGCCCGCUGAAGUACCAAUGCUGUAUUGGUGCAUUGGGACAAAUCUUCGCCUCUUACCAGGUGACCCCAACCCUGCGCUCGGAGACAGCACACCGUCUGCUGGACGACACGACCCAUCCCAACCCACUCAUCCGAGAACUAGCCUGGGAAGGGCUGAAGCGUCUUGGGAUGAUCACUCAUCUCAUCGCUUUGCCUCUGGCCCAGGGAUUAAUGGACAAAGACCAGAGAGUGAGGAAUAAAGCCAUGACCCUAAUGCCUGAGACUGGAAUCCAUUCAAAGAGCUCACUCUUAGCCCUCAUCCAGAAACGAGACAUUUUCCGGGAUCUGCAGCAAGAGCUGAUUGGGGAGGAGUCCCUGGACCAUCUUCUGGGAAUGCGGCCCACAGACAUUCAAAUCCUCAUUACUCAAGUAGAUCAGCGAUUAAAUGAGAAUCUGACACUGACCAAAGAAUAUAAAAAGCCUGAUUUUUCUUUAGAACUCCCAUAUUCUUCUGUACCUCGUAAGGCCCUUUCCUUGCUACCUCUUCCAGUUCUUGAAGAACCUGAGGUCAAGUCCAGCAAAAGCCAAAAACGGGUCCGAACAGCUCGUAAAAGGCAUGUCCGGAAAUUGUUGCGAAGUCUCAGGAAAGCAAAAGAAGCAGCUAAACAGAAAAAACUAGAGGAGGUAAGCGACCAGAAAGAAGCUGAAAUGGUCGAGGACCUCACAAUCCAUCCCAGGUCUUCAGUAGUGAGCCUAUUAAAGAGCCCCAGAGACAUUGAAACUUCAGAUAAAGAUAUCUUAAAGGAUCACAUUUCUGUGGCCAUGAAAUUGAGGAAAAAGCUGAAAAUUGCAGAUAAGAAAGACAAAAAAGCUCAAAAACCCAGAAAGCACAAGAAGAAGAAAAAAGAAGAAUUGGAAAUUGAAGUUGUGGGUGAGGAAAUCUUACCUCCAGUUGUGGAACGUCCGCCACUGAGGAGAAGGCCGAAAACUUCCGGGAGGGGCGUUGGGGGGACGCCUGGUAGGGUUCUCAGUGCAGAUACGCAAUGGCGGGAUGAUCUCUGUCGGCUCAUGAACCUGAGGAUAGCUGGUUCCCAAACUCAGAUGGUGGAGGACCUAGGCACUGAGCUGCUGGCCACUGCUAAGGAGGUCCUGAUAGAUAAGCAUCCAAGCUGGGAACUCUUUAUGGAGAUCUGCCCGCUGGAGGAGGAAGAAGGGGGAGACGUGGAUGAGGGUGAUGAGCGGCAAGUAGCCCGGCAAGAGGGAAAAGCAGAUUUUGUUCAUGAAGAGGUAACUGGAGAGGAUAUGGAAGUCGAGGCCGAGGAAGAGAUACCAGAGGCAGGAGAAGAAACACCAGAAAAAGAACAGGAAGCAAAGGAGGUAGAGGGAGUGACUCAGAAAAAGGGCAAGAAAAGAGAACUUGCUUUCUUAGAAUCAGGUGAGGUGGUCAAAGGAAAGGGAAAGCCCAGAAAGGAGGGGAAGAAAGCUAAGAAGAUGGCUAAACUGGAGAAAAUGAAAGAAGUUCAAAAAGAGAAGACAGUCUCCACAGAGGAGUUGGCUGUGACUCCAGAACUAGAGGGUGUGGUCAAAGUAGAAGAGGAAGUGAUUGAACCAGAAGAAGAAGCAAAGGUGGAAGAGAGAAAGUUGUCUUGGGCCGAGUGGAAGAAGUCUUGGGAUGAGUGGAACAGAGCCCAGAGUCAAAGGAAUAUAACUUGGAAAGAAUGGAAGAAGGAAUGGGACAGGAAGCAUUUUGAAGAAAAGGAGCGACUCCAGGCUGAAGGAGAGCCACUCCCCAGUGAGAAAGUAGAGGAAGAGGAGAAGAGACUGAGAUGGGAUGAAUGGAAACAGAUGUGGGAAAACACCAUAGCAAAGACCAAAAGUGAGACAGAAUUGGAUAUGGAGGAAAUACUGUCUGAAGACUCCGAGGAAGAGUCUGAGGAGGAGGAACAAGAGCCUCUCACAGAAGAGCAGAAACAGAUCCAAAAGGCACGGAGAGAGGCCAAGGCCCAGUGGAAAGAAGCCCGAGCUGAGAGACGGCGAGCCAAAGAGCAGAGGCUGCUAGCCAAGGAGGAGGAGAAACUCGCACAGGAAGAGAAAAGGCUGGCCCAGGAAGAGAGAAAACUGGCCCAGGAAUAUGUGAAGAGGGGCGCUGCAGAUGGGAAACUGGCCCAAAUCAAGCUGACCCUUGGUGAGGAGGAGGAACUUAUGGCCCAAGAGGAGGAACUUCUAAGUCAACAAGCAGAGCAAAUGGCCCAAAAAAAAAAGAAACUGGCCAGAAAGAUGGAGAAACUGGCUCGUGAAGAAGAAAAACUCGCAAAGAAAAUAGCGAAAGUGGCUGAGGUAAAUGCGGUGUUGGCCCAGAAAAUGGAAACCAUAACCCUAAAGGAAAUGAAUCUGGAAGGGCAAGAAAAGAAGCUGAAAGAGGAACUGAAGAACAUGGAACGGGACAUAAGGGAGCUAUCUUGGAAAGAGGAUGAGCUGAAUGAGGAAGAAGAAAAACUGGCUGAGAAAAGGGAGAACCUGAUGAAGGAGGAGAAGAUGCUGGCCCGGCACGAGGAGAAUCUGUCCCUGGAAGAGAACAUGCUGGCCCGGGAGUAUGAACUGCUGAUGGAGGAAGAGCAAAAGCUGGCCCAGAAGGAAGACAGAACGCCCAAGGAGGAGAAGAGACUGCUGGAGAAGAAGGAGAGACUAAGGGAGAAGAAAGAGAAGCUGGCCCAGGAGGAGGAGAGACUGGCCCAGAAAAAGAAGGAACUGGAAGAAAAGAAGAACAGACUGGCCCAGGCGGAAGUAGCUGUGGCCCAGGAGAAGCACGUGCUGUCUCUGGAAAGGGAGAGACUGGUUGAGAGGGCAACAGCUCUCCAUGAGAAUGAAGAAAAACUCUUCAGUGGGAAAAAGCAAUUACAGGAUGUAAAACAAAAACUGAAGACAUACAGGGAGAAACUGGCUCAUGUCUCACAGAAGCUGAUGGAGGAGAAACAGAUCCUCCUGGCAAAGAGAGAGAAGCUGCUUGAAGCAGGGAAGAAACUGGAGGAGGCAGAUAUGAUUCUGGCAGAAAAACAGGGGAAACUGGCCCAGGAAAAAAUAAAGUUAGCUGAGGACGCGAUGAAAAUAAUCCAGGAAAACAAAUUCUUCAGAGAGGAGACCGAGAUUGCCGGAGAAGAAAUGGCGUUGACAGAGGAAAUGAAGAAGGUGGCCGAGGAGAAGCUGAAGCUGGCAGAGGAGUCAGAGCUACUCUCCAGGAGAGGCACUGAAGAGGAAGUCUUGAGCCAAAGAAGGCUGACUGAGCAUGAAAUAGACCUAAUGAAGAAGAAAGUGUCGUUGGAGGAGAAGAUUCUGGCCUAUGAGGACAGGCUGUUGGCCACAGAGGAGAAGAACGCCGCCAGGGAGAUCCUGGAGCUCACCAGAGGACAGCGGAUACAAGCCCAGGAGGAAAGGAAGUUAGCCAAAGCCAUAAGAAGAAUGGGAAAAGAGAUCAGUGCCCCCCGCGAGAUAGUGCAAACAAGAAAAUCUAUAAAGGCACUUCAAAAACUCGUCAGCAAAGAAAGGAAAAUAACCCAGAAAGAGACAAAGAUGACAAAGAUAAAACGGACCCUGUUUGUGAAGGAGGCCAGGACAAGUAAGGAGGGGGGCAGACUUGAUAGGAAGGAGUUGGACGCGAAUGAAGAACAGCAGGAAGUCAUCAAGGAUGAGAAGAAACUGGCUAUCACGCAGAGACGUCUGGCCAGGGAAAUGAGGAGAUUGAAAAGCCAAGAGCAAAAAGUAGCCGAAGAAGAAAGUGAACUUGCCUGGCAUCAGAUGGAGUUCUUAGAGAAGGGUGAGGAUGUCGGGGCAGAGGAGGAAGCUCUGGUCUUCAAAAAAUCAUGGAGAAGGAGACAUGCCCUGGUGGAACUUCUUCCUGGAACAGAAAAGUUUUACGGUCUGUUAGAACAGAUGGAAUAUAAAGAGAGCUUUUCCAAGGAAAUGGAAAGCCUGUUACAUGAGGUAGAGGUAGAGCCAGAGAGUUUGUCUGAUGAAGAAAGGGAAGAGGAGGAGGCGGGAUGGAAGGAGGAGGAAGAAGAGGGGGAAGAAGAAGAAGAGGAAGAGGAAAUGGAGAAGAAAGAUGAGGAGAUGGAGGAGGGAGAGAAGGAAAUGGAGGAGGAGGAAGAGAAGGAAAUGAAGAAGGAGGAAAAGAAGGAAAUGAAGGAGGAGGAAGAGAAGGAAAUGGAGGAGAAGAUAGAAAAGAGAGAAGAGAAGAAGGAACAAAAGGUAACAGAGGAGGAGGAAGUGGGGAGAGAAGAGGAGAAAGAAGAGGAGAAGGAGAUAGAAAAGGAAGAGGAAAAGAAAGAGGCGGUGUUAAAAAGAGAAAAGCCUAAAGUGCAAGAAGAAAGAAGGAGGAUCCUACCAAGAAGGGAAAUGUUCCCUCCCAUUGGACAAGGAAUCCCUGAGCUCAAAGGGAGCUCUAUGAAGCUAGAGGCACUGAAAAGCCUUCCUGGAAAACUGACUCCAGAAGACGAGGAGGAGGUAAGGAAGCCACCAUUGCCACUAGAAGUGACAAAGCAAAUGUUCAGGGAAGAAAAGCCUCCAGAAUUUGAGACAUCCAAGUUAUCCCUAAAGACAAAGUUUAUAGAUAAACAGAGGGAAUGGUUGGAGAAAUAUAAGCCGGAACCCCUACAGCUUUUGGAUACGAUCUCAGAGUAUGAACCGAUAGCCAUUAUAAAACCAUUCACAUCUCAAAUUGUUAGAAGGGCCAUGCAAGCUCACAGACUCCGACAAAAAACACCACAGGCCAAGUGGUUUCUGGAGCAUCGUCCUUUUCUGGCAGGACAGACAAAGGGCCAGAUGCCCCUCCCCGAGAUCUCAACCCAGGAACGCUAUUCAGAUGUAGGUAUCUCAGACUUAGAAUGGCUGCAAGGUGUCUUAAAACAGAUGGAAGCAGGAGAAGAGCUUCCUAGAGACAGUUUCCACAGGUUGUGUCAGGUCCUCAAAGACCUCACCUCCACAGGAGACCUGGAAUGGCUGCGCCUGGCGAUCCUCGAAGCCAUCGUGCACCGUCACAAACAGACUGUGGACUCUCGAAGCACGGUGACUUUAAAAUCUAGGAGGGAGCCCAUGAGCCCCAAACACCUAAAAGUGAUUCCUCCUAUAAAGGGAAAGGAAGAGAGCUGGCAAAAACCUUCAGCUGUCCCCAUACCAGAGUUCCCACUAGCUACCAAGAGGGUUACAGAUCCAAAGGCUAUCCACUGGCAACUUCUAGGAGAGCCGUACAGAAGCGCACGGAUGCAGCAUUUGUCCAGUGUCCUUGAGGAAAUGGAGACACAGCCUUUUGAUCCUACCACAAGAAACAUUUUGACCCAUGCCCAUUCUUCUGUAAACAGACAAACCUUGGCACUAAUGUUUCAAAAGGACUUAGGAGAUCUUAAAGGUAAAAGCAGGUAUCCCAAACUGCCUAAGUUGGAGAAAAAGCCCAUCUCAAAGAAAAAGGAAGCGCUCCCUCAAUGGGAGACGUUCGUGGCACUCUAUCAUGUUUUGCGCAUGCUACAGGAGCGGUAUGCCAAAGACCCGGCUACUUGGAUGGAAAAGUUCUACCAGCUCAUGGACCUCUACCAGCUUAAGUCCCCCCGAAUCCAGAGGCUCCUGCAGGACCUGCUACUGAGAGAAGAGCCUCAGUCCCAAGAGUUCGUCUCCAAAGAGACUCUAAAGGCCCUGGACGUGGAGCUAGUGCCCGGGGAGCGGUUGCUAUACUGCUUGGUUUGUGGUGCCUCCCAUCCUCCACACAUCCCUUUGGAAUUCCAAGACGUGUUAUCUCUCCCUGGGCAGAAUAAUGUGCACACCAUUCGUCCCAAAGGCAUUGCCAAGUAUGGGAUCCUCGAACUUGCCUGGAAGAGCCUUCCCCAAGCUGAUCUUCACCUCACCAAGAAAGCGCCUGGAGUUAUUGUUCCCGCCCCCUAA